GUGUACAGUUCGAUACGCUAAAUUAAGCCUUUAUAGGCCAUAAGGAGUAGCUUUUUAAGCUACGUCCACUUACAUAUAUCACCAUCAGCAGGCAGCAACAACAUUAGCAACCUCAAAAAACGAUAUGGCUAGCGCUCCACUUUGUCUGCAGAGCCUGAUCUACAAAAAGAGAAAUUUUGUCUACGCCUUUGUGCGCCAUCGUCUGUUUGUGUUAUGCAAACAAUCGCUUGUACGUGUCCAGUCUCCGGAGGGCAUUAAACGUAUCGAGAUCUCGCCAAAGUCCAACCUAAAACAAUUAUACGAAACCGUGCAAAAUGCGCUUAAGGUCGAUGGCUUCGGGCUCUUUAAGGAGCGCAGUUUCGCCACAGAGCUACAAGCCAGCGGCUCACAGUUGGUGGGUGCAACGCUUAAGCAUGGCGACAUGAUAUAUCUGAAACAAAUGGCCGGAAGCUCAUCUCGUCGUACUAGCAUCGCGGCCUUUGACAGUUUCGCUGCUUUUAACAAUCUUUCGGCAGCAACAGUUAGCGAAAAAAGCAGCAAUAACAGCAGCGCACGUCCCUCCAUAGAUGUGGUCGAAGAUAAUGUUGACCAGCAAUUGGUCAAGGCAGACGGCACAAUAAAGCGCGUGCGCGAUAGUAAACUCUGUCAUCACAAUGCGAAUGGACGUUGUGUCCACUGCUCACCGCUGGAACCAUACGACGAAAACUAUUUGAAGGAGCACAACAUCAAGCACUUGUCAUUUCAUUCAUACAUACGUAAGCAAACGUCCGGCAUGGAUCAAGGCAAAUACUUUGUUUUCGACGACAUCAAUUGCCGUAUUAAGCCCGGCUGUCGUGAGCAUCCACCAUGGCCCAAGGGCAUAUGCUCCAAGUGCCAGCCAUCGGCCAUCACGUUAAAUCGUCAAACUUAUCGGCAUGUGGACAAUGUCAUGUUCGAAAACACUAAAAUUGUCGAACGCUUUCUAAACUACUGGCGCACAACGGGCCAUCAACGCAUGGGCUAUUUAUAUGGAACAUAUGAGCAACACACUGAUGUGCCAUUGGGCAUACGCGCCAAAGUGGCUGCUAUCUAUGAACCGCCACAGGAAUCCACGCGUGAUUCUAUUAGCGUGUAUUCGGAUGAGGGUGCCGAUGAUGUCGACGCCGUUGCUAGUGCGUUGGGUCUGAAAAAGAUCGGUUGGAUAUUCACUGAUCUAAUAACUGAGGAUGCCACCAGUGGCACUGUAAAACAGUUGCGCGGCAUCGAGACGCACUUCCUGACCGCUCAGGAGUGCAUAACUGCUGGAGAACUUCAAAAUCGUCAUCCAAAUCCAUGUAAAUAUGCCACAAAUGGUGUGUUCGGCUCAAAGUUCGUCACAAUUUGUGUAACGGGAGACCAAACUAAACAGGUUCACAUGGAGGGCUAUGCUGUGUCCGCUCAAUGCAUGGCCCUGGUGCGGGACAACUGUUUAAUACCAACCAAGGAUGCACCCGAAUUAGGCUACGUGCGCGAGUCAACCGAUAAACAAUACGUUCCGGAUGUUUUUUACAAGGAAAAGGAUCAAUACGGAAACGAAGUGCAGCGCCUGGCACGUCCGCUGCCCGUAGAAUAUCUGCUGGUCGAUGUGCCCGCCUCCACCCCCCUGCAGCCGCAGUACACAUUUACAGAGUACGACAAACGUCAACCAUUCCCCGUCGAGAAUCGCUACAUCGACGGCCAUCUGCAGGACUUCAAUGCGCUGAGCAAUUACCUCUCAGCCUGGAGGGAGGAGGAGUUCCUUGAGUCAAUAUCCGAUUUCCAUUUGUUGGUUUACCUGUACAAGAUGGACAUGUUGCCAUUGCGCCAGCACAUGGCGCCACUCUUGGAGGCGGUGCGCAACAAAAAUCCAAACAAGGCGGCCGAUUUCAAAGGCGAAGAAGUCUGGAAGCUGCUCGAGUCGCUAAUACAGGCCAGUUCCAGUGGCAGCGGUGGCACCACCAGCUACCCCAGUGGUACAGCGGCCACCGGUGGCGGCGCAGGCGCCGAUGCGAUGGACUUGGAUGCCAACACUUGGACCUGCAACCAUUGCACGUUUAUCAAUCGGGGCGAACUUACUUCCUGUGAGAUAUGCUCACUGCCCAGAUAAGAUGGUCUCAUAGUGUCGGAGGGAAAUACCCAUUCAAAAUUUAUGGUGUAGAAGAAACUAAAGAUUCAAUCGAACUAGUAACAGAUGGAAGUAUGCCCGACCUUUUAAAGAACGUCGUGCGUUCUAUAAAUAAGUAAAACUAUAUAAGAAUUUUAUAAAAUAUAAAAAAAAUAAAAUUGUAAUUUAUUUUUAAUAAAUUAAAAUUGUUGAGUAUAUAAAGGAACAA